CCCUAGUAAAACAUUAAUAAUAAAAAUGAAUUACACUAAAAAAAUGAUUUUAGUUGAACCUCAUGUGGCAGAAUCACUACCCUUAAAAGACCCUGAGAGUAAAAACUUUUUGUCUAAUUUAGAUACUGAAAUGCAAUCAAUUUUGCAACGCUCAGAUUUAAAUGAAAAUGAAAAGGUUUUAUUUUACCAACAAGCGUUACAUAGAUAUCAAAAUGUUUCAAAAUUAAUGAAAAAGCCAUUACGUGUGUCAGUAGAGAAAAUAUCUAAUCACGUUAAUCACGAUAACAUCUUGAACGCUUUUCCCGUUUCACAGCGUGAAAAAGUAAAACCGAUUUUAGAUACAUUCAAGCGUUCUAAUACCAUUUUGUGGGAUAAAAAGGGGCAAUUCAUUCAUGACGGUCAAGUCAUUCCAAACACAAAUAUUAUCGAUUUACUUGAUGACGUAACACGAGUAAAGAAAAAACCAGCACUUGGUCAUGAUAAAUUUGCAGAUACAAUUAAAAAUUUAAACGUACCAGGUAUGUUCAUUAUAAAUAAGCGUCGAUACGUAAAAAGUGAACAUUCGCCAUUGAAAUGGGAGACUUUAUAAAUAUGCACAGGGAUUAUUACAAUACUCAACUUCCAGGGAGUUAUCGCGGAUUAGCAUCUUUUCGAAAAGGAAAGAAUUUAAAAAAAACGAAACGAUUUUUAUUAACCCAAGAUACUUAUACAUUACAUACGCCUGUGCGCAAGCGAUACCCUAGACGGCGAGUUAUUGUUAGCGGAUUAAAUCAAUUAUUUCAAAGCGAUUUAAUUGAUUUACAAAAGCUAGCACGCUUUAAUGACGGGUAUAAAUAUAUAGUAAUUUGCAUAGAUGUAUUUUCAAAAUAUGCUUGGGCUGUUCCAGUGAAAAACAAAACAGGUGAAUCUUUAAUAAAGGCUUUUACACGUAUUAUUAAACAUCACACCCCUAAUAAACUUCAAACGGAUAAAGGUACAGAAUUCUUAAAUAAAAAAUUUCAAAUAUUUCUGCGUAAAAAUAAAAUCCAUUUUUAUUCAACAAAUAGUGAAUUAAAAGCGAGUAUAGCUGAACGAUUUAUACGUACAAUAAAAUCCAUCUUAUGGCGCUAUUUUACCGGUAACAAUACAUUACGAUACAUUCAUGUAUUACAAAAAUUAAUUAACACUUAUAAUCACACAU